GCGCCGCUGCCGAGCCACUAGCCCGGCUCGGACGCGCUCCUCUCCAGAUACUCGGGGAGCUGCUGCCGCGCGAGUCGCGCGCCCCCUCCGUUCUGCCCCCAAACUUCGGCUGCUUCAGCCUUUCGAGCCGUCACAUUUCAUCCCGAAACCCAGAAACUGAACCGCCUACGGGGGAAGGAGUCGGCUGCAGCGUAGAGGGGGAGAAAAACCACAGAGGAGCCAGAAAGAGCUCCAGGGAACAGCCGCCCCGAGUACCAACUCCGUGUGGAGAGCCAACAAGUGAGAGGGCGCCGCCGCGUUCCCGGGGCGCAGCGCGGACGGCGGGAGCAGGCGCAGGAGGAAGAAGAGAGCGCCUGAGCCCUCCGGCCCCUGGAACUCCCGAGCCCCCGAGCUCCCAGGAGCCGCUGUAGCUGCGACUGCUUCGCUCCGGAUCCCGCUGCGCGGGCUGUGCGGAGCGCUGGGCGGCAAGCUGGUUUCGUGCUGGUGGAAAGCAGAGGCUGGGAGCAGUUCCCGGGGGAAUAUGCGGCGUGCGUGGAUCCUGCUCACCUUGGGCUUGGUGGCCUACGUGUCGGCGGAGUCGAGAGCAGAAUUAACAUCUGAUAAAGACAUGUACCUUGACAACAGCUCCAUUGAAGAAGCUUCUGGAGUGUAUCCUAUUGAUGACGAUGACUAUGCAUCUGCAUCUGGCUCAGGAGCUGGUGAGGACAUAGAAAGUCCAGAGGUGACAACAUCUCGACCAUUCCUAAAGGUACCCAUCACGAGUGUUGCUCCGAAAGUGGAAACCACAACACUGAAGAUACAAAACAAGAUGCCUGCCCAGACAAAGACACCUGAGGAAAUCGAUAAGGAAAAGGUUCAUCUCUCUGACUCAGAAAGGAAAAUGGACCCUGCUGAAGAGGACACAAACGUGUACACUGAGAAGCACUCGGACAACCUGUUCAAACGGACAGAAGUCCUCGCAGCUGUCAUUGCCGGGGGAGUUAUCGGCUUUCUUUUUGCAAUUUUCCUUAUCCUGCUGCUGGUAUAUCGCAUGAGAAAGAAGGAUGAAGGCAGCUAUGACCUUGGAGAACGCAAACCAUCCAGUGCUGCUUAUCAGAAGGCACCUACUAAGGAGUUUUAUGCAUAAAACUCCCACUUAGUGUCUCUAUUUGUGAGAUCACUGAACUUUUCAAAAUAAAGCUUUUGCAUAGAGUAAUGAA